UAAGCGCGCUUGAAUGACCCUCCAGUCUGGGGUGUUGCCGUCUCAUUCAUCUAGAAACCUCCAUUGCUACGAGAAGCACUGGUAUAUUUCCUUUAUCACAUCUACCUAACUUCAUAAACAUGUCUUACUGUAAAGUAAUACCCGCUGUGGCCAGAGUAAAGCCGGCUCAUUUGUUUGGCGUGAGGCUUCGCUCCACAGCAGCAGCAUCCACGCAGCACAAAGAGCCGAAGAGCGAAGACGCGCCGCUGGAUCCGUCCUGCGCUGUAGUGGAGAAGCCCUGCGAGGUGGAUCUCAUCAGACGCAAAGCGCACACGGAGCGCCAGAGGAUCUCCAUCGACUUCGACAACACACAAGAAGCCUACAAGAGCAAAGACACGCUGGAGCUCCUCAGGAGUCUGCUGGUCUUCAAACUCUGCACCUUUGACUUCCUGGUUGACAAAAAUAAAGAGUUGAUGGACCUCAGCAAGAAGGUUUUUGGUCAACGGCUCUUCGAGAAACUGAUGAAAAUGACCUUCUACGGCCAGUUUGUGGCAGGCGAGGACCAGAACACCAUCAAACCUCUGAUCGAGAAGAACCAGGCGUUUGGCGUGGGUUCGGUUCUGGACUACAGCGUGGAGGAGGACCUGACUCAAGAAGAGGCUGAGAAGAAGGAGAUGGACUCCUGUGUUUCUGAGGCUGAGAAAGAGAGUCAUGGUAAGUACAAUAAAUGGGCUCCAUUCCUAUCCCAAUUCACUAAAUCCGCCCCUGGUAAUUGUGUUGUAGCUGGAAGCUCUGUGGAUGGAUUCUCGGCCAUUAAGAUGACGGCACUGGGCCGGCCGCAGUUCCUGCUGCAGUUCUCCGAGGUGCUGGUGAAGUGGAGGAGGUUCUUCAAUCUGUUGGCGGCUCAUCAGGGGAAGGACGGCAUGGCGAUACUCGAGCAGAAGCUGGAGCUCGAACAACUGCAGGACAGUUUGAUCAAACUGGGAGUUGGUGCAAAAUCAGACAUUGAGAACUGGUUUACUGGAGAGAAACUGGGUUCAUCAGGAACCAUUGAUCUGUUGGACUGGAACAGCCUCAUCAAUGACACAACCAAGAUCUCCAACCUGCUGGUGGUGCCCAACAUGGAGAGCGGUCACCUGGAGCCUCUGUUGAGCAAAUUCACUGAUGAAGAGGAGAAACAGAUGAAGAGGAUGCUACAGAGAAUGGACGUCCUCGCCAAGCACGCUGUGGAGAACGGCGUGAGGCUGAUGGUGGACGCAGAACAGACGUAUUUCCAGCCGGCCAUCAGCAGACUCACGCUGGAGAUGCAGAGGAUCUUCAACAGAGAAAAACCCAACAUCUUCAACACCUACCAGUGCUACCUGAGAGAGGCGUAUGAUAACGUGUCUGUGGAUGUGGAGCUGUCGCGGCGGGAGGGCUGGUACUUCGGUGCGAAGCUGGUCAGAGGAGCGUACAUGUGUCAGGAGAGAUCUCGCGCGGCAGAGAUCGGAUAUGAAGAUCCCAUCAACCCUGACUAUGAGGCCACCAACAGGAUGUACCACAAGUGUCUGGAGUACAUUCUGGAGGAGAUCAACCACAACAGGAUGGCAAACGUCAUGGUGGCGUCUCACAACGAGGACACGGUCAAAUUCACGCUGGAAAAAAUGAACGAGACGAGUCUCUCUCCCACUGAGAAUAAGGUUUGCUUUGGACAGCUGCUGGGGAUGUGUGAUCAGAUCAGCUUCCCGUUGGGUCAGGCGGGAUUCCCGGUGUACAAGUAUGUGCCGUACGGCCCGGUGAACGAGGUCAUCCCGUACCUGUCGCGCCGAGCGCAGGAGAACCGCGGCUUCAUGAAGGGUUCGCAGAGGGAGCGCAGCCUGCUGUGGAAGGAGCUCAAGCGCAGACUCUUCAGUGGACAACUGCUCUACAAACCUGCCUACUAAACCACAACAUCAACAGAUGGACCUCUUUCUCUACCGCAGAGCAUGACCAUGUUAGUGCGGGAAAAUCAUCACAACAUGGACAUUUGAUAGGUUUUAUAGUUUGUCAUCAGUGGUUGUGUAAAAUAAACUAAACUGAGUUAAAGACAUCAUGAAACUGCAUUUGCAAUGCCUUUAACUUCUGCAAUGUGACGGGAAACAGAAAGUGAAACAAUGGAAGUUAAUCUGAUGAAAAGCAAACCUUUAGAGUUUUUAGAUAGAUAGAUAGAUAGAUAUUUUUUCCAAUGAAAAACAGACAUUUAAAAAUA